AUGAAUGCUUUUCUUUUACAGGUAAAUGCUACUACAGCUCGUUAUACUAUCGGUUACUUGCCUGAUUGUCUUUCUGCUUUUUUCGAUCCUAUGGACUCGGAAUUCGGGAGUCCUUUCAGGCUCACACAUCAGAACUAUGAUAUAAAUUUAUAUUAUUGUGAUACAUUAUUAGGUGGUCACACCGCGGAGAUGGUAUCAUAUGUUCGAUGCCUGAGUGAUCAAUACUCUCCACGAAUCUAUGCUGUAGCCAAUACCGAUACUAUGAGUGAAUUUGAGCUGCGUAAGCUGGAGGAAAAUAAAAACGGCAAGUAUUUCAUUGAACGCAUUCCACGAGCUCGUGAAGUUAAACAGAGCUAUGUGACUAGUAUUUUCACUACAGUUUGGAGCGCGCUGUAUUCGAUCUUGUUAGUUAUUCACACAUGCCCAAGAUUGGUAAGUAUAUUUGUGAUGUUACUUCCGGUAGCAGUUAUCGUUUAUUUUACUUUUCAUGUUUCAUUCACCUAUUUUGUUCACAACACCUUACGUAGUAUGAUAUUUAAAUGCAUGUAUGUGAUUCUUUUGUGA